ACUCCCUCCACACACACACACACGCGCGCGCGCACGCGCACACACAUGACAACACGCGGCACCUGCUGGAACCGUGUCGUCAUUGACCACGUAGGAGAGAGGAUCUGCUUCCUCCACUUCCGACUCGAGCGAACCGAGCGCACCUGGGGCAGGCAGAGGAGGCAGGUUCGUGGUGCGGACGCUACCAGCUGACCCUGUACUGACGUCCAGCAAGACCUUGGCAUUGUGAGGUUCACUGUUCUCAAGUGACAAGGGCAACAUCGCAGACAAUGAGGAUUCCAGUGUUCGUGCAGAUCGUGGGGGUCGCCCUGUUUCUCAUCAUGGUGCUGUACGUGGGAAACCGCACGCUGGAGCUCAACCUGGAGAAGAAGAUUAAGGACAUGUUGCCAGCUGAAAUUAAAAUCGUGGCUGUUCAGAGAAAAGAGAUCGAGAAUAUCUCUCCGGAGGAGAAGAAGCCGUAUUUCAAGUGCGGUCUCCCAGAACCGUGCCCCGACAACCACCUGCCCUUCCGAGUGCUCACGGGCGCGGCCAACAUCGUCGGACCAAAGAUCUGCCUGGACGAUAAAAUAAUAAUGAGCAGCGCCAGAAACAACGUGGGACGGGGAUUCAACAUCGUCAUCGUGGAUGGUGUGAAGGGAAAUGUUUUGGAAGUUCACACCUCGGAUGUGUACAAUGGAGAAAUCGCUAAACUCAUCGCGUUCCUGAAGACCAUAAAGGACGGCUCGAUCGCAAUCAUCGCCUCGUUCGACGACGCGUCCACGAACUUGAACGACGAGGCUCGGGGUCUGCUCGCGGACCUGGGAAGCAAGUUCAUCAAGGACCUGGGCAUGCGCGACAACUGGGUGUUUAUUGGAGGCAAGGGGCUGAACCUCAAAACGUCCUACGAACGGCACAUCAAGAGCAACAAGGAUACAAACAAGUACGAGGGCUGGCCUGAGCUGUUGGAACUUGAAGGCUGCAUCCCUCUGAAGUUGGAUUAAGGCUCAGCCACGUGUCUGUGCGGGAAUUCACGGCAAAUGUUGGGAAAGCACAUCCGUAUUCAUCUUCCGUAUUUUCAAACUCCUCUGAAACAUGUACAAGCACAACUCGAAAAUGUAUUGCUUCAAUAUUCUGUUGCAUUCUAAAAAUGACUUGAUGCAACCCAGAUUACCCCUUCAAAUAAAGGCAACGCACCAUGUUUCUCAA